AUGUCGAAUAUCGAUCCUACCAAAGACACGACUGUCCAAAUACAUGCGAAUGAGAAUGUUCUUUUGGAGAAAAAGUUAGAUGAUUUAUAUGAGUUGAUUGAUGGGAUUAAGAUCUGUAUGAUGACUACUCGUCGAGCAGAUGGAAACUUAACCUCACGCCCAAUGAACACACGCGACAGGACACCCGCAGCCGACAUCUGGUUCAUCGGGAACAAACAAUCACAAAAUUUUGAUGAACUCCUCACUGACCCCCACGUGAACCUCGCCUAUUAUAACGACGCGACGCACGAAUGGGUGAGCGUUUCGGGAGUCGCAAAGAUUGUUGACGAUUGUGAAAUGAUUAAAAAGUUGUAUACGCCUGAUUGUAAGGCAUGGUUUGGCGAUUUGGGCGAUGGUGUUCAUGACGGGUCGGCUUCUGAUCCGAGGAUUUCGUUGAUUUUCGUUGAAGCGAAUUCGGUAUCCUAUUCUAAACGAGACGCAUAUCCCUUUGUGCAAUGGUACAGAAUUAUCAAAGACUCAAUCACUGAGUUCGCAUUAGCGGCGACGAUAAAACCCACUGGUAGUAGUUCAAGUAGUAGUUCUACUUCUAAAGGUUAUGGUAAUUCUGGCUCAAGUAGUUCAAGUAACAAUUGGGUGUUUUGGUAUUAUUAUUAUAAUGGCACUGGAUAUGACCGGCGUUGUGCGAAUUUUUGUAUUCUGACAUUUAGCCUUCUUGCGUUUAUCCUUUUUAUGAUAAUUUUAUGUGGAUGUUAUCGAUGUUUUAAUAUUUAUCGUCGAUCGAUAAAAGAAGAAAAAGAGGAGAUUGAACCACCUCUUGAUUCUUCACAUAUUUCUCAAUUACCACAAUCAGAUGACUCAUCGUAUUCUCAACACCACCCCAUCGUUACAGUACAACCUAGUAAUCAUAAUCCUAACAACAUACCUCCACCACCAUACAAAGCAUCUCCAAGUGAUUAUCGUCCUUCACACACUCUUGCAGAAACACAAGCUGAUUCCACAUUAACACAGUUACCUCCUGAAGACCAUCAACAAUAUAUUUUAGCAAUGGGUGGAUCAAAGGCAUGGAAACUCGUUUAUAACUCUGCUCCUUCUUCAGUGCCAGGUCAACAUUGGCCAGUUACAAUGAAUGAUAAUGGAAGAAUUGCCACUCUGCAUCCAGCAAAGGACGUUAAUAUUUCUUUGCUAACAAAUUACCCAGCUUUUGUACCAUCCGGAGCAGUUACUAAAGAUAGGAAUCGAGGGUUGAUGCAUUACUUUGAGUUUACAAUUUUAAGUAAUCCGGAAUCAGCAAAAACAAAAAUUGCGAUUGGAGUAGCUACGAAAAAUUAUCCAGCAAAUAGACUUGUAGGAUGGGAUCGUGAAUCAGUAGGCUAUCACUCUACAGGACAAUGCUUUCACAACAAUCCUUCGGAAUCAGGAGACAAUUAUGGUCCGGAAUUCGGAAAAGCAGGCGACGUAAUCGGGUGUGGUUAUUACCCUGUUUCCGGGAUAAUAUUUUUUACGAUAAAUGGCAGCAACUAUGGCGAAGUAUGUAAAAAUCAUCAAGUUUGGUAUCCGGCUGUUAGCGCAAGUGGGCCUUGUCAAGUGGCAAUUAAUUUCGGCGAUCCAGAAGAUGAAAAGUUUUUGUACCGAGCUGCUCGUGGGUUUGGAAUCGGUGCACCAUACUUUUAG